ACACUCAGCAAGGCAGGAAGCAGGACAGUUGUCCUGCUCCUGACCUCCUGGAGCUUCUCCUUUGAGUGUCCUUCUGCCCUGAGAUUCUCGGGAGGCCACAGAGGUGCCAGAAAGGAAGAGAGCUUAGAUUUGAGCAAAUCAGCAUGGCCCCGAUUCCUUCUGACCCAAAUGGGAAUGCCAAGCUGGGGCACUCUUCAUGAGCUGCAGUCUGGGAAACUGGAGCCAAAUCUUGGGCUCACCCCCAUCUCAGGAGCCAGUAUCAGCCUGAUCCCCCAGGGACGGCUCAACUGAACCCAGGAUGGCCCCACCAAAACUGCACACGCUCUUCUGCCUCUCUGGAUUCCUGGCACUGGUCCACCCUUUUGACUGGCGAGACCUAGAUCCUGUCACUUAUAUCCAAUCAUCAGUAUGGAUCCAAAGAAUACAAUCGGAGCUGCUCAUUACCAGCUUUGGACACACAACAAUCCCCAAGGGAAAUGGACCUUACUCCGUGGGUUGUACAGACCUGAUGUCUGGUUACACUAACCAGAGCAGCUUUUUGCGCUUGUAUUAUCCAUCGCAAGAUAAUGAUUUCCCUGAUGCCCUGUGGAUCCCAAAUGAAGAGUAUUUCCAGGGUCUUACUGAAACCCUUGGAGCAUCUAGUUUCCUGGGCAAACUUUUGAAGCUGUUAUACGGCUCAGUGAAGGUUCCUGCAAAGUGGAAUUCUCCUCUGAAGACCGGUGAAAAAUACCCACUAAUUAUCUUUUCUCAUGGUCUUGGAGCAUUCAGGUCAAUUUAUUCUGCUAUAGGCAUUGAGCUGGCGUCUCAUGGGUUCAUAGUUGCUGCUGUAGAACACAGAGAUGAAUCUGCCGCUGCUACUUACUACUUCCAGGACGCUCCUGCAGCUGAAUCAGGCAACAGGUCUUGGAUUUACUACAAAGUUGGAAACCUAGAGACAGAAGAGCGAAAAAGGCAGUUACGGCAGCGAGGGGAGGAGUGUUCCCAGGCUCUCAGUUGGCUUCUCAGCAUUGACGAAGGAGAGCCAGUGAAGAACGUGUUGGAUUUGAACUUUGACAUUCAGCAACUGAAGGGCUCUCUUGAUAGGAGUAAAGUAGCGAUCAUUGGACAUUCAUUUGGUGGAGCAACAGUUAUCCAGACCCUCAGUGAAGACCAGAGAUUCAGGUGUGGCAUUGCCCUGGAUCCAUGGAUGUUUCCGGUGGGGGAGGACGUCCAUUCCAAAAUCCCACAACCCCUCUUUUUUAUCAACUCUGAAUACUUCCAAAGUGCUAAUGAUACCAAAAAAAUAGAAAAGUUCUACCAACCUCAAAAAGAGAGAAAAAUGAUUGCAGUCAAGGGUUCAGUCCAUCACAAUUUUGUUGACUUCACUUUUGCCACUGGGAAAAUUAUUGGACAGAUGUUAUCAUUGAAAGGAAAGAUAGACUCAGAGGUAGCUAUGGACCUCAUCAACAAAGCUUCGUUAGCAUUCUUACAGAAAUACUUAGGACUUGAUAAAAAUUUUGACCAGUGGAACUCUCUGAUGGAAGGAGAUGAUGAGAAUCUUAUUCCAGAGUUCACAAUACCCACCACUAUGCAGAGCUCUACAGGAACAGAACAAAGGAAUCCAGAUUAAAGGCAGUUUUUUUUUUUUAAAGAAAAGUUCAUUGAAAAACUAUCUAAAACAGAGCGAGUGCAUGUGUGAAGAGACUUCAAUGUAUUUUCUGAGGUGACUCAUAUUUUAAAAUGUGGGCUAUUCAGUAACACUGGCAAAGGCUUGAGUUAAGAAAAUUUUCCCUUAAACGUAAGCAAAGAGUGAAAUAUUAAAACAAAAAUAUCACAUCAA